CGAUGAAAUGUAUGACUUUUUCCAUCAAAUUCCUGUCUAUGUUUUCUGCUAUAGGUUUUGUUGUUUUGUUAUCGAGCGUUUCAUGUGAAAUUCUAAGUAAAUCUUUUUACUUCAACGUAGGUAGAGGUUCUUGUGUUUGCGUAAGCGCUUCUGUGUGAAGUAUAGCAAUCAGUAGAUCCGGUUUAUAUGAUGAAUUGACAAACAGCUUUCAUGUUCUCUCGUGUGGCUGGUCGCAUUUUAAGUGUUAUCAGAUAAAAACUACGCUUAAAUCAGACAAAUCCUUCGAACCAAUUCGUUGAAUGAUAUUCCAUUAUAUACCAAUCUGUAUAAUCAUUGCAGUUGAAAAACAAUAUGUACUCAUCAGCGUUAUUGUACGAUAAUCGCUCCGUAUCUUCGAUAAUGUGAAUCACGAAAUCCUGAUUUGGUGCCUUGAAUGAUAAUAUUUUUGAGAUCCUUGGACCGGUAGAUUUAUGCUGACAAACAGUGAAGAUAACUAUAUAACGGUUCAGAGUUUCAUAAUUAUUAAUAUUUUCCUAUUGAUGUCAAUUUGUGUUUGAAGUAAACAAAUCCGUUUUUGUCCUAUUACUCAUCUUUAAUGGGCUUUCUUUAUACCUACUGAUCAAAAAUUCAACUUCAGGUUUACGAAAAACCUUUCUUCAAAUAAACUUCAUAUGAGUUUAUUAAAAGGUGUUUUGGAGUUGGAAACACUAGAAUUAGAAGAAAAUGCUUUAAUGGAGCUUCUUGAUCUGCCAACUUGGUUACUUUUACGUAAAGCAUAUUGUACAAAUGUUGUAGCUAAAAUACACUGGACAAAGUUAAAAACUCAUCCUGUUUUCAUUAGUAUUGAUCUUGUAAAUAUUGAAUUACAAGCGCUCAAUGAACCACGUCCAGCUUCACAAUCGCCUAUAGCUAAUUAUAGAGGCGGAUCUGGCAAAUAUGGGUUCAGUGAUAAAGUAAUUGAUGGAGUUACUAUUCAAGUGAACUCAGUGUUUAUUGAGUUCUUCGCUCAAGCUUUUCAGGGCUCAGUUGAAUUGUCCAGGUUUUGUGUGCUGAGUAAAUCACCGAACUGGCAAAAUUGUUUGUUAAAUUUAAGCACUCUGGCAAUGCCACAAUAUGAUUCCAUAUUGAUAUUCAAGGAAGUCUCUUGGGAAUCAGCACGUAUUGUGGCCGAUGGUCUACUAACUGAACUGCAUGGUACACCAGUUAGACUUAUAACAAACCAAUCUCGUGUGCGUUUAACAAUGAAAAAGCGGUUAUCUGAUGGGUCGCUGAUUAGCUCACGUAUUCGUCUUAUACUAGACGAUAUACUUUGGGUAUUCACAUUAUCUCAAGUUGAGGCAGCCAUUGUAUUUGCACGUUCUUUAGAACAUUCAAUACGUUUAGCCAAUGAACAGAGUAAACGAUUCGCAGCAGAGAAAGCUAAGCGACAAACCGUCACUUUGGUUUCAUCAUCAGAAACUCAGUCUUUGGUGAAUAAUAGUUACAGUAACAAUAAUAAUGGUAGUAAUACUAACUAUACUACUAAUAGUAAUAUUUACCCCACGGUAGUAGUACGAAAUACCAAAUGUACAUGGGAUUAUGCAAAUGCUGUGAAUAUGUUUCAUCAAUAUGAUGUUUUGGAAACAUCCUAUCAUUUGAUUGUUAAUCGGACAGAAUUGAACUUUUGUGAUGAAACUAAAGAAAAAAUUCGACUCAAUCCAAACAUUGUGCCGAAUGGAUCAAUGCGAGUUAAUUUAACCACAUUAUCUGUAGAUUGGUAUCCAUAUCAUUUAGAUUUUUCACCAGAAUUACCUUGGCCUGGUUGUCGAGAAUUCUACAGUGCACGUGAUAAUUGGUUAAGAGGUAUUAAUCCUAUACAUUUUACCUAUGGUGGUCGUAGAGUAUUCAGUACAAAUUCUCCAACUGUUUCUACUGAUAAUCAAUUUGUUAUAUUGGAUUGUGGUUUAUUGCAGACAGUGAAUACAUCAAUUUUACAAAGUGUUGGUAUUCUACGAUUAGUUGACAUCACUGUAUCAUGUGUAUCUUAUCCGAAUUCCGUGUUGAAACCGGGUGAUCCAUCUACAUCGUUUUCAAAAUCUUCACAGAUCAAUAAAACAUUUCGCGAUAAUAAUAAUAAUGCACGUAUAAAAGCAGAAAUUCCAAUUGAUAAGAAUAUUUUCAUUGGAUCAGAUAAAUUGUUACAUAAUCUACCUGAUACAUCAUCAUUUCUUACCAUUGAAUUUAAAAAUCAUUAUUGUGUAGAUGAUACACCAAGCUCAAGUUCAUCAAAUCAAUCUUUACCAUGUUCAUUGUUUUGUCAAAUCAAUCCAUUUUAUAUAAAUUUCGAUCCAGAUACUGUUAUAUGGUUGAAUAUAUUUCUAUUGGCAUUACAGUUAAACUUGCUUCGAUUUCAGUCAACUUUCUUAUCCGGCAGAGAUACAAACCAUCCGUCGAAACAACCCAACAGACUAUUUGAUUUAAAUCGAUAUCAUGUACGACUUGAAGCUUUGAUGCCUCGUUUGAUAUUCUCACUAUUUGGACAGUCCAAUCGUCAUACGAAUUCAUCCAAUUGGAUUGGACCACACGCUCUUAUUUUACAAUCAGAUCAAAUUAUCGUACAGUCACUAGCAGCUCCUAUAUCAUCACAUGUCGCUGAUUGUUUGAAAAAGCUGUUAGACAAUUUGCAAUUGAGUUAUGGUCAAUAUGAUACCAGUUGUAUGAGUAAUAAUCCAUUCAUUUCUCAAGCUGUUCCACACAAAUCACCGGAUUUGUCAAAAUUCCAAAAACUAGUUCAGUCAGCUACAGAAUUACAUAGUUUAUGUCCCGUAAGUUUUAAGAAUUUCGAAGAACAAUUUUGGUGCAUUCAUUGUCCAAAUGUGUGGAGUGAAUUUCUUACAAUAAUCGAUAUGACGACAUAUAAUUCUGUCCAUCUUGUUAACAACGAUCAUCGAAUCAAUGAUUGUAUAAUAUACCGUCAAUCAUUAAUUGAAUCUCUUCCUUUGACUAUAUGGUCAUUAAUGCCAAUUGAUGUAUCGGUGCCUUCAACAGUUAUCAACAAGAAUCAACCAUUCAAUCAUUCUCCAAUAUCGUUAAUAAUUGAUAUUGAUAAUAAAUUAAUCCCUAUGGAUUCAAAAUCAUCAUCCUCACAUAUGAUAAACCAAUCAGUAGAUCAAUGUCCAAUCAAAAUCUCUUUAGGUUCUACAGAUCAAUUAUACACUAAUCGUAUUUUAUUAUCACGCCUUAUCAAAUUUUCUACCAUGAACAGUGAAAAACUGAGAAUUCCUGACACAUUAGAUCAAAUCAUAUUUUUGUAUUAUAUAUAUCAGCAAAUUUCUUAUGUACAAACACGUUUGUACUUAGACUAUCAAGAAUUUACACAAAUUACCGAAAGUCGAUCCACAUUAUCAGUCAGUCCACAAUCAAAUCAUAAUCACUAUAAAUUGUUAUAUUGUGUAGGUUUUUCCACACUACGAUCAAUUGAGCUGGACGUAAAUGUUUGUCAUGAAAAUGAAAUUCGUAUGAAACAAGUAUCGUCUCCUAGUUUCACGGAGAAUAAUGUUGACACUAGUCUACCGAAUACUCCAAAUGUAUCUGCUACAAGUGUCAAUUUUUUCCCGAAUAAAUCUUUAUCAACUGCUCUAUUGUCAUCGUCAUCAUCACCAUCAUCUUUAACAAAAUUCUUACAUAAUCCUACUCCACUUUCUGCUGCCACAGUGCUACCGUUGUCGUCGCAGACAUCACUUCGCCAUCAUCAUCCCAUGUUUACACCUUCAUGGGAUUCGUUAUCAUUAAAAACCGAAGGUUCUGUGUUAGACAGUAGUAAAUUAAAUAGAACUAAUCUUCGGAGAUCAAUGCGUGGGCGCAUAAAUUCCUCAGAUGAUAGUCCACAAUCUUUAUUACAAAAUGAUUGUGAUUGUAGUAUUGGGACUACUGAUAGCAUUAAUAAUAACAGUAAUAGAUGUACGAAUAAGUUAGUAAAUUCCGAUUUACCAUCACCCAAAAGGUUUUUAAUAAAACGUAAAACUCACUCAACAGUUACGUUUGUCAAUAAAAAAAAUGAAUGUAAUGCGGUUGAUCGGAACAAAGAGUCACAAAAUAAACCUCUCUCUGAACAAGAUCUUUUUAUGCUUAAUCCUGUUGCGGAUGGAGUUUGGGCAAACAAUUCAUCUAAAAAUAACAUAAGUCAACAGUUUUCUAUUUCCAGUGAUUUAUCUGAUCUACAAAGUACAUCCAGUUCGAUGGAUGAUUGGACUAAGCCAUAUGAAGUUUUAUCUAAUUUGAAUUCAUCGUGUACAUAUCAAACUGACGAUAUGUUAUGGCCACCUCUUAAUCAUCAGCAUCUGCUCAACUCUUCAUCAUUUCUAUUAAGUCCAGAUGAGAUUGGUUCAGAAUUGUUAGACGUAGAUGUCUUUGCACCAUAUACGUCGAAUACUCCCGAUGCAGCUACUACUACUACUACUGGUCUGACAGCAGCAAUGGAACAGUAUCAAGAGCCAAAAUCAGAGGAAAAUAUUACUGAUCAUGAUAGAUUUCGUCAAUGGAAAAAGUCAAAUAUAUCGAGUGUAAUCAUACAGUUGGCUGGAUUUUCAUUUGAAGCGGAUGCUAUGAAUUUAGAAACACGUUUUUGGAUUGUAUUUAAAUCACUUCAAUUAUUUAUGAAACCAGAAGAAUCACUUCAUUGUUCCAUCGCUUCAUCUCGUGCUGAACCUGACCAAAAACAACAUAAUAAAUUUGUACAAUCUGAUUAUUUAUGGUCAGUUUUCCUAAGUUUUGGUGGUGAUCCAACGGUUGGACUAACAAAACUAAAGCCUACAACUAGUGAUAUUUAUCCAUGGUUAUAUGCCAAUGCUACUUUAUUAAAAAAUUGGAGACUCAUUAUUCCAUCAAAUAUUCAACAAUUAUUUAUUCACGUAUGGCAUCAAAUUGGCGGCCAUGAAAACAUAAAUCCAUUAAAUUCUUCUCUGUGUAGUAGCAUCCAUGGAGUUAGUGUGGAUAAUAAUGAUAAUAACGAUCCAAUUAAUUCACCUCCAAGAUGUUCAAUUCGUUUAUUGUUAAAACAAGGAAAUUUAUCGCUGAAACUGGAAUCAGGUGCCAAUGAAAAUCCAGAACAAUUAAAACUCUUCAGACAGUUGUUUCUGCAACAGGGAUUGAUUAUUGAACUAACAGAAUAUGGCGUAUUUCAAAUUGGAUUUGAAAAAUGCACGUCGAAUAUGGAACAAAAUAAUAAGGAAUGUGUUAAUCAUUGUCGCAACCGUGCAAAGAGUAUUGACAAUGAGUUAUUAUCCUCCUACUCUCCAGUAAAUAUACCCAGUGCUUUUCAUAAUAUCCUAAUCAAUCGAUAUGCAUUCGAGAAUAAAAUAUUGAAAGAUAAGAUUGAGGCCUUGACAAAUGAGUUAAUGAAACUAAGAUCAAUGCAUAAUGCUUAAUACUCAUCAACGAUUCCGAAAAUAUGAUUUACCAUAUAUUUAUGGAAUACUGCAAAUUAUACAGGCAUUUCUCCUUUUGACAAUUAACCAUUUUAAUGACUGAAUUCUUUCUAUCGAAAAAUUGGUUUUCCAUGUGAGAGUGAAUAUCGCUAAAUCUUUAGUACAGAAAAACUAAUUGUGUUCAUAAUUUUAAUCAGAAAUCAAAGUAUUCCUGUUCUUUUUUCUUCCGAUCAUUAACUCAUAACAAUGUACAUGUCAGUGCACUUGUCUGUUCAUCACUCGUGGACAGAUCCCUGAUAGGAAAUUCUUUUUUAGAUGUACAUAGUUAUUUCUCAAUCACCAUAAAUUAGACUAUUUGUUUACAGUUUGUUUUGGUUUUCACUUAUCGAUUUAUUUAGUAAUUUCUUUGUCCAUGGACUUAUCUUGUACUUUUUUUCUCGGGUCACUUUCUUUGUCUUACCAUUUAUUGAUUUAUCGAAUUCCAAACAUAUUGACUGCUUUUUUGUAAUGAGCAUUCUCUAAUU